AUUAGCACCGUGUUACGUUCGACUACCGCGGGUGUCGUCACCGUGUGGGGAACGGUUUAUAACGAGGCAGCAGCUCACAGUCAUCACAGUGGAACAUCCGACUUCAACAACGACACUCGUUUUAUUCACAAAAACCACAGACAUGCAAAAAAUCGUGUUUAUCGGCCUAGCCCUGCUGGCUGUCGCUGCCGCCGCCCCUCAAGAUCCCCAGGCCUACAUCCUGAGACAGGAGUCCGAUGUCAACCCCCAGGGUUAUAACUUCGAGUUCGAAACCAGCGACGGCAUCUCGCGUCAGGAGCACGGGGUCCUCAAGCAGAUCAGCGAGGACCACCAGGGUAUAGAAGUCAACGGCAGCUACAAGUACACCGCGCCGGACGGCCUCGUUUACACCGUCAACUUCAUAGCCAACGAGCACGGCUUCCAACCCCAGGAACAUGUCGAACAUCCCUCACAAUAAUCCCUCGCCAAUAUUCUUAAUAACACAUACAGUUCAUUGUAUGUACACAUUAAAUCGGAUUCGUUUUUGUAAUCCUUUGUACGAUUUUUUUUUAUGUUUUUUUAAAUGAUUUUGAAUAAAUAUUUGUUAUAUUAAAA